AAAUCAUAUUCAUAUAAUCAUCAUCACCAAAAGCAUAAUAAUCUAUACUAUAAUCAUCUUUGUCCACCCAAACCCAGAAAAAAUCAACACCAACAUUUUUAUUUUCACACACAUAAACAAAAAAACCAACUUUUUCUUCAACCAAACAGUUACACAACCUUCUUUGUUUCACACAUGUAACAUAACAUGACUUAACUUCAUUGUUUCUUUUUCUGUCUUAAACAAAAACAACCCUUUAACUUCAAUGGCUGAAUCAACCAAACAUGUUACACACUUAAACAUCAAAAGCUUCUCUUCUGUUCUCAAAACCAGAAAAACAAUCGCUUUUACUUAUGCUUUUAUGCUUGCUUUUGUUUCUUUAACUGUUUUCUUAGCUUUUUCUCCUUCUUCUAAUGCUUCUUCUCCUUGGUUUACUAACAUAUUCACUACAAAAACUUCCACUUUUGAUUCUUCUAUUUUCUCAUUCUUUUUCCACAACACAACCACUUCAUCUUCCACUUUUAGCAACACUUUUGGUAACACUUCUAGAUCUAAUAGUAACACUUUUCAAUCUUCUAAAUCAAAUACAACAACUUUCAAAGCAACCCAUGUUGGAAACAAAACUCAAAACUCUCUCAAUACAUCUAAAGAUGCUGUUUCAACCACCAACCAAACCUCUUCUCAUGUUUCUGAUGAAUUUAAGCAUCAGAAGAAGAUGAAUCAAACUGCAAGUAUGAAAGAUGAGAUUCAUAUGAUGGAGUCUUUGAUGAAGUGUGAUUUUUUUGAUGGGAAAUGGAUUAAAGAUGAAUCUUAUCCUCUCUAUAAACCUGGUUCUUGCAAUUUGAUUGAUGAACAAUUCAGUUGUAUAAACAAUGGAAGGCCUGAUAAAGAUUAUCAGAAAUUAAAGUGGAAACCAAAAGGGUGUAGUCUUCCAAGGUUGGAUGGACACAAAAUGUUGGAUUUGUUGAGAGGCAAGAGACUUGUUUUUGUUGGUGAUUCAAUCAAUAGGAAUAUGUGGGAAUCUCUUAUUUGCAUCCUUAGAAACUCUGUGAAAGAUAAAAGUAAAGUUUUUGAAGCAAAUGGAAGAGUACAUUUUAAAGGAGAAUCCUCUUAUUCAUUCAUAUUCAAGGAUUACAACUUCUCUGUCGAGCUUUUUGUAUCGCCGUUCUUAGUUCAGGAGUGGGAAAUGCUUGUCAAGAAUGGAACAAAGAAGGAAACACUUCGGCUCGAUUUGGUUGGUAGAUCUUCUAAUCAAUAUAAAGAUGCAGAUAUAAUCAUCUUCAACACUGGCCAUUGGUGGACUCAUGAUAAAACUUCUAAAGGCAAGGACUAUUACCAAGAAGGUAGUCAUGUGUAUAAUGAAUUGAAUGUUUUGGAGGCAUUUCGAAAGGCUAUAACAACCUGGAGCAGAUGGGUUGAUGCCAACAUAAAUACAUCCAAGUCUAUGGUCUUCUUCAGAGGCUAUUCUUCUUCUCACUUUAGUGGCGGGCAAUGGAAUUCAGGUGGACAAUGUAACAGUGAAAUCGUGCCAAUCAAGAACGAAAAAUACUUGAGGCAAUACCCUCCUAAGAUGAGAGUUUUGGAAAAGGUACUAAGGAAUAUGAAGACUCGUGUGACCUACUUAAAUGUCACGAAAAUGACAGAUUUCCGAAAAGACGGUCAUCCCUCUAUCUAUAGGAAGCAAAACCUAUCACCAGACGAAAGGAAAUCGCCGUUGAUGUACCAAGACUGCAGCCAUUGGUGCCUCCCUGGCGUUCCUGAUACAUGGAAUGAGAUACUCUAUGCGGAGCUUUUAAUGAAACAGUAUCAAUAUCGAAAUCAAAAUCAAAAUCAAAAUCAGCAUUGAUUAAAAGACGAGACCAUAGAGGUAAACUACCAAACUCAAGGCCACAUAUAUACAAUUUUUAUCCCUGCCAUAUUCAGGAAAGGGAAAUAAACAAACCAUAGAGAAAAAGACUCUUUUUUCCAAAUUUUUGUAAAGGUUAAAAAACUGUGUUAUUCAUACAAGUUGGUUAGUUAGGAAAAGAUAGAAUGUAAAGGGUGGUUAAGAUUGUUACUGUAAACCACCCUCUCUCCCUUUCAACAUAGUUUUCUUUCUUAAGGCAGAGUCCUAUUUAGUUUUUGUAUAAUGUAAACCAAUUUAUUCAGACAAACUGUUUAUUUAGCCAUCUCAGAUAUAUAUAGUGAAGUGAAGAUUACUUUGAAUAA